AUGUCUUCUCACGUUAGUGCAAAAGGGCACCAUCAAGCCUCCAAAUAUUCUGAACAGAACCCAUCUAAUCUACCAUGUACAGUGUCACAUCAUUGCAAUAGGCACAUAUUCCAUGCCGUCAAACAAACUGAUCAUUACCAAAACAUUCAGUACCAGGUUAAGCAAAACUGGAAAUCUAUCCAUAUACCCAACAGGCUUGGCCAGUACAUCAAUGCUAUGAUCAGCAAAGUCUAA